AUGUCGAACCAAGGCUACUACCAAGGCGGUCCUCAGUACCCACAACAAAGCUACGGCCCCCCAGGCGGCCAAGGCUAUGGUCAACCACAAUAUGGCGCUCCACCACCACAGCAACAAAUGUACUACGGCCCUCCGCAAGGACAGUAUCAACAGGGCCCACCACCCAAACAGAAGAAGGACAGGGGUUGUUUGACAGCCUGUCUGGCAACACUUUGCUGUUGUUUCGUUUGCGAGGAGGGAUGCGAGUGCUGUGCUGAUUGCUGCGAGUGUGCGGCAGAGUGCUGCUAG